AUGCAUGAUGUUGUUUCUAUGCUUUAUGACAUAAGCGAGAAGGUUACCAACUCAAGUGAGAAGGUUACCAAUAUUAGCAUACGGCAACACCAAACGGAUGCAAUGUUGAAUUCUGUGAUAGAGGAAUCUCACUUGAGGCAACAAGGAAGGGAGCGUAGUAUGACGCUUACUAAUUCCUCUACUAUACCCUCUCCUUCACAAGGUGACCCACUAGAGGCCCAACCUUAUCCUAGAGAUCCUAGAGGAGGUCUAGACGAUGAUGAAAGGGUUCUACAAGUUCCCAAACUAGUUCUUCUACCUCUCAAAGGAACUAGUGACCUGGGAGAGUAUCUUGAAUGGUUACUCAAAGUAGAGAGGCACUUUGACAUCUACAACAUAAGUGAUGCUAAAAAGGUGAAGUAUGCCAUUACUCAAUUUGAAGGGAGUGCUUCAUCAUGGUGGGAAAAGGAGUUGAGGAGAAGGGCUAGACACAAUGAACCUCCAAUAACUAAUUGGAGAGCUUUAAAGAAUGCUUUGAGGGCAAGAUAUGUGCCCGAUUACUAUCAACAUGAGUUGCUCAAGAAACUUCAUACUUCCUACCAAGGGAGCAAGAGUGUUGAGGAGUACUAUGAAGAGAUGGAGACUACAAGAUUGAGGUGUGAUGUUGAUGAUGAUGACGAAGUUGUCAUCACUAGAUUUUUGGCGGGUCUUCACAAGGAAAUUGGUGAGGCUUUGGAGCUUCACAAGUUUGAAAGAUUGGAAGAUGCUUACUUGAUGGCCUUGAAGGUAGAAAGGCAUAAAGAAAACAAAAGCUACAAGUCAAAGGCUACAACUUGGAACAAGAAUGAUAAGCCUUGGAAAUCCACAAACAAUUGGGAGAAAUCCAAAGAUUCCAAGUAUGGUCCCAAGGUUCAAGUGGACAAAAACAAGCUAAAAGUGAAAACUAAAGGGGCUUCCAAUGUUCAAACCAAGUCCCUUAUCAAUUUGAGAUGCCUUAAAUGUCAAGGACUUGGUCACUACAUGAAAGAUUGUCCAAAUAGAAGAACAAUCAUUACCAUGGAUGAUGGAAGCUAUAGAACCAAAGCUAGUGACCAAGAGCAUAGAGAUAGUGAACAUGAAACAAGUGAUGAAGAAUUAGAAGAACAAGAAGAUGAUGGGCCGAGAUCUUACUUGGUAACAAGAAAAGUUUUGGCUGUAGCUAGAGAAGAUCAAGAUCAAAGGGAGAAUCUUUUUCAUGGAAGAUGCAAGAUUUUGGGAAACCUUUGCUCUCUCAUCAUUGAUAGCGGAAGUUGUGCUAAUGUAAUAAGUUCCUCUUUGCUUGAACAAAUGAAUUUGCCAUCAAAGAAGCAUCCCUCACCUUAUAGACUACAAUGGCUACAUGAGUGUGGAGACCUUCGAGUCACCAAAAUGUGCUCAUAA